AUUGAAUGGGUCAUCGUCCAAUCACAAAGCAGAAACUGACUGCUCAAUGCACAACUGACAGGGGAUUCCACCAAUCAGAUGGUUCCGAUGGGCGGUCCUUAGCCUCACGGUAACAGUCGUGUGGUCUCUGUUGUACGCGCUGGUUUAGACAAGCAGUAUGGCGGAAGAAGAGAGUGAAUUGGAGUUAGACAGGUUUAAGAAAGAACUGGAGACUUUGUUGAACACUAGUGCAAGCGACGAACGCGGACUCCAGAGCAAGACGUACUGUGAACGAUUCUGUGAGUUGGUGGUGGAGCAAACCGGACGAUGGCAAGUGCCUCUUCCCCAGCUCCAGGUGUUGCAGAGUGCCCUGUGCUAUUUUGUCCAUGGUGUGGCAUCAUUUCCUCCAGAGUGUGAGCAUGUCCGCUACACUCUGAGUAGCCUGGCCCUGAGUAUCUUCGAACUGCUGUUGUUCUUUGGAAAAGAUGAAUUCAUCGAGCAUCCUUUAAAAGACAUUCUAGACUCAUUCCAGGACUGCUAUGCGAGCCUGGUAAGCCACCAGAAUGUUUACCUUCUGCAGGUUAGACAUAUUAUUAAAGAUGGAGGUCCUUGGGCAAACCCUGUUCUUCAGGCCAUUCUCAAGGAUUCAGAACUACCACAAGAAGACGUGGACAAAUAUCUGAGCUCAGAAGUAUCCAUUUUCUUUGAGCUACGUGUGCGUUAUCUGGUGGCAUGUGAGAGGCUUCCAGAGGCAUUGGCACUGACAAGAAGAUGCAUCCGGCACUCUGUUGUAGGGAGGCAUCUCUAUUUCAAGCAAGCCUACCUCAUCUGCCUUUGGAGGGCUUCUCUUCAUGAGCACUUGAACAAGGGGAUGGCAGACAUCGAUGGGAAGGAUGCUGUAGAGAUACUCUGCAUGAUGGAAAAUGAAGAGAAAGAUGAGACUGUUUUGAUGAUGAGUAAAGGCUUCCUAUCUCAGAAGCUCCAGAUUGGAGAAAUGUACUACCUUUGGGAUUUGGUCUUCAUAUGGAGCAGACUCUACCUACGAUUGAACCUCUCCAAGCAGGGCUUCCUAGAGGAAUGCAAAAUGAUGAUCCUGUCAGCCACCAACAUAAAAGCGAUUUUCCCAUUUAUGAAGGUGAUUUUGGCAGAGUUUGGAAAAGAUGGCCUGGUGUUUUGUGUGGAGCUGUGCGCACGAGCCAUGCAGACUGACCUUAAGAAUGAUCCAGUCGCCAAGUCUCUUAUCUACAAAACCAUCGCAUACCUGCUCCCUAAUGAUCUUGAGGUCUGUAGGGCUUGUGCACUGCUAGUUUUCUUCCUAGAGAGAACUGUUGAGUCAUACAAGAACGUGUUCCUCCUGUAUACUCACCCUGAUCAAGAGUACCAUGUAGACACCAGUCUUGUGGGUAACAGUGUACGCUUUGAGGUUCUCCAGAUCCUGAAAAAAGACCUGUACUUUGACCCUGAGUUCUGGAGCCUUCUCAACAUUGAAACGAACUGUCUGAAGCUAAUGAGUGAUAAAGUUGGUAAAGCAGCUUUAUGUGAAAUCAUGCAAAGGGACAAGUGGAUGCCAAGCUACUGUGUGAAAGGAUGUUGUCAGUGUUACGCAGACAACACACAUGGGACUAUCAGUAAAGCAGAGAAACAUACCAAUCGAAAAAACCAGGAAGUGGAGUCUGUGAAAACUUGGGUUAAUUCUGCCUCAGGGGAAGCAUCCUCCAAACCUCCAGGCAAAAGGCGGGGGAGGAAGCCAGGGACACAGCUUGUAAAAGAUCCAGAGGCCUGUCCCGUUCGACGUUCAUUUAGGCAAUUGGACUCGGCAAAGAAUCAUGCCAGGCAACUUAAUAGUAGACGCCAGAGACUCCUUUCGCGGCAGACAGAGAUGAACACACUGAAGCGCAAGGGAAGGAAACCACAAUGGCUUUUGGACCAGUUGGCUGCCCAAGCAGAAAACAGUGAACCUCAACAAGACAAGAAACCAGGAAGGAAACCAAAGCAGUCAAAUCAUUUAAAGGAUAUUUCAGUUGAGGAGCCAUUAAGUGAAAUUACAAUGAAAUUUUCCUACCCUGAUAAUGAAGUUGACCUCUCUUCUGAUGUUCAGGCCUCACUGUUUUCCACGGAGACCCCUCAUAUGACUGAAAGCAGUACUGACAAAACUGCAUCACAAGAUGAUUUGAAAUGGCCUGACAGUGCUAUUUCUCUUAUCGAGUUACUAUCAGCAGAAUCUACUCCAUGUAGGAAAAAGGACUUCAGGGUGAGGGAGGAGAUUGUUUUCCGAGAGCAAGGCCUUUCUAUGGUUCGUAAAUUCCACACAUAUUCAAGAUCAGUUGAAUUAGAAGGAAUAUCAGUCAACAGUUUACCCAAAGAUGAAGUUAAGGUGGACCAUAAUGAAUCCAAACAAGGAAGACAGUCUGCUGAGCAGCAGUGUGAACCGGCAGACAGCCUUGAAACUGCUGCACAGGAUAAAAAUGCUGUGGAAAUCAAGGCUAUAUCAAUCCUAGUUACAAAUGAGGAAACAUCCACUCCUGCUGAAGCCAUUCUUGAGCCAGUUAAAGAAUUCAUUGAACAUCCAAAAGUUGAUGAGUUAUCAAGUCCCCAAGAUUUGGCAAACACCAAAUAUCCAGACUAUGGUCCUUACAGUCCUAUUAGUCCUCCAGAAAUUACUACUGUUGAUCUUCCACCAGAAGUGACAACUCUUACCACAGCUGACGCCAUUCCUGUACCUGAAAGUACACCAGAAAACGUGACAGGUCUUCAUGAGGAUGCUCCUCCGGUUCUCACUGAGGUGACGAUGCUCCCUGAUGCUACAGUCGCUACUUUGAGUGAAAGCGAGAUUGCCACUUCUUGUAAAAUUGUGCAUGAGAGUACGGAGGUGCCAGCACUGUCACCAAGACCUGAGGAGACAUCACCGGAAAUGCACGCAGCUGUUGAUGUUCUAGUCCCUGACAUUAUUCCCCCAAGUGAUGCAAGUUGCCAGCUUUCAGUUAACUGCAGCCUUUGCAAUAAAGAAACCAAAUACCCAUACAUUCUGCGGCAUGCAAUGUGGCAUCAUCGGAUUGACAGAAAGUGCAUGUUCUGUCACAAACGCUACACUCAUGGGCGCAGCCCGUCAGUCCAUUUUAAAGUGCACAUUCAAGAGCUGAAAAAGUCUAAUGGGCUUUUUAAUGAAAACAUUUGUGAGAAUGCCACUGAGAACACCUUGCGACGUUCCCAAACAAGACUGUUUAAACGUGUGAAUCCUGCCAUGAAGAAUAGGUUUAGAAACAUCAAAAUGAGGUUAAACUGUACUUUGAACAUCACAGAUUUGCACAGGGAAGGGCAAAGUUCAGAGCCUAAGGUGAGAUUGCGGGCAAGGCUAGUUAAGAAUUCAGAUCCCCCAAGUACAUCGGAAGAACAAAAGGAGAAAGUUUGCAAGAUGAAGAGAAAGCGUUUGUUAGCAAAGAGAUCUCAGUCCAUAGAUGAGAACAAAAAGGUUUUCAGAAUGGGACAAGUAAGGAAGAGAGCAAAGACUAUGCAAACACUAACCCCAGAUGACAACCAUUCAGAUACGAAGGGCAACUUGGCUCAUAGGGUAAAUGGAGUGAUCAGAAAGAAAAGAAAAGUGAAGAGUGAGCCUGAGACAAAUACCCUUGAUGAAAAGGUUCAGACAUCAUUACCACAGGACAGCAAAGUGAAAACUGAGAGUGUAGAAAGUCAGAAAGUCAAUGUCAAGACUGAAUCUGAGAAUGUAGAAGUGACAAAAGACAAGAGCAAAACAAAAUUGAAAAGAAAAGAUAAAAUGCUGGACUCUGGGCUGAAAAAGAAGAAGAUCACUCAUGGAGAUCAAAAAGAGGAUGGAGAAGAUGUAAAGAAGAGGAAGAUAAAAAACAGCCCGGAAGGCAGUUCUGAGAAUCAGGAACCCAAAGACAGUAAGACCGAAUUUAAGGAAAUUAAUCCAAUGGGGCAUAAGAAUGGGACUCCCCCAAAACCCAAACAGCCUUCCACACCAUUCCAGGGAAAAAGAACUGGAGCGUCUACGCAUGUCAGAUGCCCUGUGGAGAUAUGUACAUUUAGUGCAAAGUCAAUCCUUGUCCUUUCACAUGUGCUGUCUCACCACCAUGGCGACAAGAAGGCGCUUGUGUUCUUUUUCAACUUUGGAAAGGAAAAAUGUCUUUUCUGUUGCAGAAAGAUAUUCAACCCUCAGCAUUUUUUUGACCAUGUGAUAUGCCACAGAGGUGAGCUGAAGUUCCCAUGCAACCAUUACGGCUGCAAGGAGAGGUACCAAACACGUAUGGAGCUUAGUGAACACAUGUCAGGCCAUCAUCCCUUGAAAGCGAUGUGCUGCUUUCCUGGCUGCUCUGUGCAAGUUGAGAGCAGUAUGCUCCUGUAUAAGCAUGAGAAAACACAUUAUCGACCCGAUACAAAUUCGGGAAAAAAUCCAUUCCCCAAAGAAUCUGAACCAACAGGGCACGGAGCCCCCCUAAGCCAUGAAGAUAAUAUGGAGGCACCAUCAAAUUCUUCAGCCAGUCAACAAAUUCUGGGUACAGCCAAUUCGAAGGGUCCUGCAAAUCAAGAUGAUGAUGGAAAACCUUUGGUGCUCAAUAAAAGUUCCGUAAACUACAGUAGCAAAAACCAUAGCCUUGUUAAUGGGCAUAGCGAGGGUGACAAAGUUGUUGCUCCCAAAUCUUCAGAUCCAGUCAUUAAAGAGCAGGAACCAACGGUUUUAGGAAAACCUGUAACUAAAUUCAUUCGACCUCUUCCCUCAGCCUAUCUGGAUGAGUCUUACAUUAGUAUGCCAAAGCGCUGGAAGGAACCCCAGGUGGGCUCAAAGUUAUUAGGCUCUGUGUCAAAGCCAGAAAAACUACCUACCAGGCAGCGCUGCUCUCGAUGCUUUCAGUCUUUCAACAGUGAGGAAGAGCUGCAGACACAUAAGGACAAAUGCACAUCCCUCUUUGGUUUUGAUUCGGAUGAUGAAAGUGCCUCCUGAAUUUGGAGAAGCAAGCCUCUCUACUGAGAAAAUUGCUAAAUGCUGCUGUGGGCAAUCAGCGUUCUUGCGUGUGUGCUUAACAUCUUUGUCAGCUUCUCGAAACAGAUCUAGAUUGAAAACUACAUGGGAAAUAAAUUAUCCCUUGUUGUAGUCUUCUAUGACCGAUCUGCUGCUUUAUUUCAGAGCGAAGGUCUGUUAAUUCUUCUUAAAAAAAAAAUCUGACAUUGUCAUUUUUUUUCCAAAGUCUUUUGAGACUUGGGACUAUUUUUUUACUUGAUUGUCAUCUUUGCUAGAAAAUGAAUAAGUUUGUCUUUCUAUAAAAUGCACAACAGAUGCUUUUGACUCUCCCUCACUUCCUGUCACAGAGCUUAGCCUGUUCUCUCAUUUUUUGCUUGUCUUUUCAAUUCCUGGAUAUGAGAGGCCACCCAAGGACCAUGACACUACAAGACGAGUUGGUCUGUCUUUCUGGCCAGUGUAAAUACCUGCUCUAGAAAGCACUUGUGCUAAGUGGUGGUUAAUGAAAGGUUUAACUUGGCUGUUUUGAGACAGUGGGUCAGGUAUUUACCAGUGUUACAUUGUGCUUUAUGAACAGAAGGACCGGAUGGAAACUCGUAGGCCACUUUAAGUAUUGCAAGCACACUCUAAAUAUGUUCUUUUAUUAUUUUUAAAAGACUUAAUAUGUGAACCUCUGUAAAUUGUUACUAAUUGCAUAUUUUGCAAAUGUCAUUAACUUGCUUAUUUUUAAGUCAGUGGACACUUGGGAAGAAUUAAAGACAACGAGUCUUUAAAUGAAGGACUUUGACUUCGGUUGAGAAAGCCUAAAGAACUGUCAGCCUUUAACUGGUGCUGCUGGAAAGGCCUGGUCUUCAAGACUACAGAUUCUCCUGUUAAUGGAGGAGUGUAUAUGUGCCACAAAGCCUCAUUGAACAUUGUCAUGACAUAUUCUAAAUGACUUCUCUUUAAACUCAAGAAAAUUGUAAGGGGAGGACUAAUUUGUGUCUCAGACAGAGGCAUGUUUAUAGCUGUUCCAUUGAUGAACAGUAACAGUCUUAUUUAUUCUUUUUUUUUUUUUGUAUCUUCUGUAAAUGUUUGAAGAGUUUAAAUAGUAUAUGAUUGGAUUGGGUGACUGGGUUUAUAUAUCAAGAGCUUUUUUUGUCCUGAUUAAUAAACAAAUUUGAAGGGGAGUUGU